AAUGGCUUUUUCCGCCGAACGAAACCUUCAAUUGGUUUUAGCAAAAAACCAUAAAACAAGGAACACAUUAUGUUUUCUUCGUUAUCAAACUUCCAGGUGUCAUCUUCUGAUCAAUCUCCACUUUUUACUAACCCUUCUAUUGAGCUAUUUCCUAGUGACUCUGAUGUAGAUACAUUUGAUGAGCUUCAUGAUGCGUCUCCACAUGCUCCACCUAGUUCUAUAGAAGAUACUCUACCUGUUGGUAAUGCAUUAGACAAUGGUGAGUGUUCUUCCUUUCCCUUUUCUAUAUCACCUAUUGGAUCUGACCCUGUUGAGCCCGAAAAUGAGAACCUUAAUCCACCUUCAAGUCAUCCUACUUGGGUGGUAAAUGGGUACAAGAUCAAAACUUGGUCUGAUGGUUCUGUGGAGCGUUACAAGGCUCGUUUGGUUACUAAAGGAUUUACUCAAGAAUAUGGGAUUGAUUAUGAGGAAACCUUUGCACCUGUUGCUUAUCCUAUUUCAGUUUGUAGUUUGAUUGUUAUUGUUGUUGCAAAAGGAUGGAAAUUGUUUCAGAUGGACAUGAAAAAUGCCUUCCUAAAUGGUGAUCUUGCAGAGGAAGUUUACAUGCAACCACCUCCUAGACUUGAGCAUCCUCCAAACAAAGUUUGUCAAUUGAAUUUUCAUGAUACUUUGUUGUUCAUACGCAAGACUAAUCAUGGUAUGGUUCUACUACUUCUUUAUGUAGAUGAUAUGAUCAUUACUGGGGAUGAUAUUUCAGGACUUGAGGUCACUUCUUCUAAUGAUGGUUAUCUUCUCUCUCAAACAAAAGAUGCCUUUGAUCUUAUAUCAAAAGCUGGACUCAUUGAUAGUAAGACUGCAUCCACUCCUUUUGAGCCAAAUGUUCGACUUACAUCUAUGGAUGGUUCUCCAUUAGCUGAUCCUACUUGCUGCAGACAAUUGGUUGGAAAUUGGGUUGGAGACUCUAAUGAUCGAAAAUCAACCAUUGGCUAUUGUCUUUUUCUUGGUGAUUCCUUAAUCUCUUGGCGUAGCAAGAAGCAGACAGUUCCGUCACAUUUUAGCAUAGAGGCUGAAUAUCGAGCACUUAGAGAUACCACAUUAGAGUUACUUAACUUACGUUGGUUACUAGAAGAUAUAGGUGCCCAUUUCCCCCCCUUCCCUCUCAUGCUUUCUUUUGAACUCAUGAAACCAAAUCUGGGUUCGUGCUGGGUUGAUGAACCUGGAUCUAGGUUAGUGAGAUCACGUAAAUACAGUCAAGUUCUUGCUUUCAAGUCCAUCGGCGUUGGGUUACGGAAGUGAAGACCUUCUAAGUUUGCUGAUUCCAAAAAAUUAUGUUUUUCUUCCAAAUUUCUCUUGUUUUGUUGUAAUUUCAAGUUUUGCGCGGUAGAUCGAAUCCGUCUAAGUUCUUCAAUGCUGCACAGUGGAAUUUUGAUGAAGAACCCUAAUUGUUGCAGAGUUUUUGGUCUCUUAAAUCAAUGCUCUAUGCUAAUCUGGAUUCCCUUUCCUGUGAAAAAACGCUGGUCUGCAAAAAUGGUUUCUAAAUCUUUUGGUUUGGUCUGCAAAAAUGGGUUCUAGAAUCAUUUCUUCUUUUUGGGUGUGGCUUCUUGUUUCUCUUUGUACUAUUUUCUCUCAUCUACCAUUCUUUGUGUUUUGGUUGACGAAAUUGGUAAAGUCCAUCCAUUGGUUAGUGAAGAUAUGAGACUUACUCAUCUCAUAAUUAUAAAAGUCAUCAGAACCA